AUGCUACCAAUCUUCGGAGGGAACACCCCAGGGGCCUCCCUUUGGGAUUUCAACGGCGGUGCGAUCGGAUUCACUGAUGGCACAAGCAAAAUCUUACCCCAGGGCAACUUCGUGGACAUCACAGUGAAUCCUAAUGCGGAGGCAGGCAACAUCCAAGCCGCGUAUGUAUCCAUCACGAAUGGUGGAAAGGACGCAGUAUGCAUCGCCGGCUUGGCACUAACAUUUCCAGAUGGAGGAAGGGCUGGCUUCAGCACCAACGUUGCCGCUGCUUGCGGCGCAUUUUGGUCCAACAGCAACACCCCAGUGCUCCAGCAGCAGGCCACCGGGGAGAUCGAGAACCCGAAAUGUGUCUGGAUCGACAGAGAUGGCUCUAAUGGUAUCCCCUAUCAAGGUUUUGGCAUUCAUCUUCCGAGCUUCAGCAACUCGAACAAAAACCUGGGAGCGUCGUAUUCCGACAACCGCGACCUUAUGUGCAAGAGCGGGCCAAGAUUCCGCAUGUACCCGCAGCUGAUAACGGAGGAGUCCAUUCUUGUGUUCCCCCACCCCCCCGAGUUCAUCACAGACUCGGACGACCCAUCACUGAUAGGAACUGACAAGGAUCCCGGUUUCAUCAUCGAAAAUCCCGGUGUUGCGGGCGGAAAUCUCAUCUCGGGCUUACUUAGCGGAAUCCUACGGCGGAGAGAUGUCAUCCGCCGCUAUCACCAACACGGCCCGGCUCUUUCUACCAGCACCAUCGGAUCGGACGGUUCCAGUGGAACACAAGCACCACCACGACGACCCUUGGCCGAACUUCUGAUCAUCUCGCCCCACGAAUUCAAUAGUGCGCGUGAGCUCUGCGAGUCCUGGAACUCGUUCGGCCACUCGUUUGUGUCGCUCCCGGAAUCCCUUUUUUGUGACAUGACGGACAAGAGUCUCUACUACACCUGCAGCGACAAGGUCAUGAGCUGCUGCCUCGACACCGACCAGGCUUCUUUCCGCGCUUGUCAGAAGACAUCGACCAGGCCGCCGGUAACCCAGGUCAAUGGCACCUCGGUUUUGCCAUCUACACUUCGAACCCGCCAGGCGAACUCCGGUCUCGACUCAUCCUGGAUGAAAGGCGAUAUGGUUUAUGAUAGCGUACAAAGGUGGUGA